AUGAUAAGAAGGGAACUCGCAAAAGAUCCCAAAUUAGCAACAAGUCCUGGGACUGGUUCCUCCCCACGUUCAGGAACAUCUGAAGACCUCCGAAAAGACGAUGAAGAAGACGGGAAAGUCGCUGCCAAGGAAGAAGCGCGCAAGGCUUCAGGCCUUGAUGCAUCGAGUUCGACAAAAAGGAGAACCAGCGAAAGUGUACACGCCCUUUCCCCCGCCACAGCAACCACGGAAGGUAAUUCACUCUGCUGGCUCGAGUCGGGAGAGUAUUUCCUCAAGCCCCAUGAACGGGAGGCCUGGGAAGUUCAACAAAGAAAACAAAAGCCGAAGCAGCCCUCAAACGACGAGCAGAACGGGCAGAAGUAUGCGUCGCUCCCACAGAAGAGGCGGCCCCUACAGUUGAAGAAAACGAAAGCGACGGCACACAGAAAUGGAUGCCAAGGAUGGGACGGCAAGGUCGAAAAAGAGAGAAAGGACAUUGCUGCAUAG